GGUGCUAGUUAAACCUGAGAUGACAGUGUUUAACCUGACAUUUGUGUUCAAGGACUUCACGCAGGAUGUGCUUCAGAUAUACUCAAUUCCUGAAAUGAAACUCGAUGGUAUCAAACAGUCGCUUGAUAUCAGAAGUGUCAAGUACUACGAGAACGAUAGUCUAGAUUUAGAUAUUGGACAGUGGAGGUCCAGGUUGGAGAAUAUAAGACUUCAUCCAGAGACGUUCAUGGAGGAGGGCGGAUGGGAUAAGUUCAACUCAGGAGAGACUGAUGCUGAUUACUCUGACAGCUCGGCGGCGAGUAUUGAGAAUUACUCUGACUUCUCAGGGAUGGAUUACAACUCUGACAAGCAAUCAUCUGAUAGUGAUCAGGAGAUAGGCUCACCCGCAGAUAAAAAAAAGAAUACUUGCUACCCCGAUGGCAAACCUGGUCAAGUGUCUAGUUCUGGCCGUAAAAAAAGAGAAAAGAAUGAAGUGCCUUCAACUCGGAUAUCGAGAACUAGGAGGACAGUGGGUGAACAGUCGAUGGUAUUAUCAGAAGAAUCAGAUGAUGAAUGUCUCAGGCCCAGAUAUAGAAGAAAAGGAAAAAAAUGUGCAACUCCAACAAAGCUUAUUUCUAAAGUAAGAGGACCGGUGGUGGUGUCGGAUAGUGAAGAGUAGAGUUUGAUAUUGAAGUUGGUACAGCAAGGAUGUUGAUGCUGAAUCUGUAGCUGCAGAGUCCAAAGCCCUUCAGGCAGCGCUUUUUGGUUGUCUCAGUUGCAGCCAUGUGAUGUUCUUUUAGUUUCUGACUUUCAAGUUAUAAUUAAAUUUAUUGCUAGGGUUUCUUUCUCUAUUGGAAGUAUGCUCUUAGUCAUAUUAACGGCUAUGCUGAUAAGCUGGUUGCUUUUGCUUGGUAGGUUGCAUACCUGUGUCCUCUUUUUUGUUCGCUGACGUAAGACUAGGCAAUCUUUAAAACUAAGUCUGUUUAAUCGAUUUAAGUUU